AGGGGGUGGCAUGGGAUGGCGGCGGGGGUGAGGGGGGAUGAAGAGCGAGCAGGAGGAGGAAGAGGAGGAGGAAGAGGAGGAGGAGGGGAAGAGAUAAGUGAUCUAAAGGGGAGACGAUAGGACAAAAAAAAGUGAUGAUGAUGAAUACAUUGGAAAGUUUUUUGGCCCGGGCGAGGGUGUCAGAUUGAAUGGCCUGUGCGCAUGUGCGAAGGUGUCCAAACUGACAAUGCUGGUGAGAUGAAGAUAGUGUUGUUGCUGCUUCUGGGCUCACGGAGGACGACGAGAGGAAUCUACAAGCCGACAAGAUGAGAUCCAAGGCGAGGGCGAGAAAACUGGCUAAAAAUGACAGUGAGCCAGUUGACAGCAUGUUUCACACAGAAGCUGAGCUCCGGGGUUUAGCAGCUGGCAGCGCCGACAGUCCAGAAGAAGACGCAGAGGACGGCAUCAUCAACAUGUCCCCUCUGCCCUCACCCACUCCUUCCCAUCAAAACAACCACCACUCCCACCUGCUGCACCCCCACAUCUACACGUCACACCACCUCCAUAACAACAACAGCAGCAGCAACGACCAGGACUUCACCACACCGAAGGAGGGCUCGCCCUAUGAGGCGCCCGUCUACAUUCCCGAUGACAUUCCCAUUCCCGGCGAGCUGGAGCUGCGGGAGUCCUCUGUGCCAGGCGCUGGCCUGGGUGUAUGGGCUAAGACUCGCAUCUGUGCUGGUGAGAGGUUUGGCCUGCAUAGCGCAAAGCACCAUGGGUCCACAGGCAAAGACAGCUCUUUCGGAUGGGAGCAGAUGAUAAAUGACCAUGAAGAUGACUCCCCAGACAGCUGCAUCAAAAAGGUGAUGGAUGACAUGGGCAACGUCAAGUUUGCGCUGGACACCGGGCCGGACGCAAACAGCAACAGCUGGCUGAAGUACAUUCGCUCGGCUCUGUCGUUUGAGGAGCAGAACCUCACCGCCUGUCACCUCACAGGAGAUCAGAUUUAUUAUAAAGCUGUUCGGGACAUUGAAGCAGGGGAGGAGCUCCUGGUGUAUAUGAAGGACGGGAUUUUCCCCGAGGGAUCCAUGGCACCCAACCUACAAGACGAGCAAAUGUACCGCUGUGAGGACUGCGACGAGCUCUUCUCUUCAACGCUUGAGUUGCGGCGGCAUCAGAAGUAUUCGUGCUCGAGUGCAGGUUCCAUCUUUGACGCGCUCAGAGAAGACUUCAAGCAGGAGCGCGAAGACAGCGAUGAGCCCGUCCAUGAGUGCAAGGACUGCGAAAAGAUCUUCCCGAAUGAAUACAGUCUGGGGCAACACAUGAUAGUCCACACAGAGGAGAGGGAGUACAAGUGUGACCAGUGUCCCAAAGCCUUCAACUGGAAAUCCAACCUCAUCCGCCAUCAGAUGUCUCAUGACAGUGGCAAGCGCUUUGAGUGUGAAAACUGUGAUAAGGUACAGCAAACCCGGCACGUGUUCACAGAUCCCAGCAACCUUCAGCGACACAUCCGCUCCCAGCAUGUGGGGGCGAGGGCUCACACGUGUCCUGAAUGUGGCAAGACCUUUGCCACCUCAUCAGGUCUCAAACAGCAUAAGCACAUCCACAGCAGUGUCAAACCCUUUAUCUGCCCUGAUGGGCUACGUCCUUUUGUGUCCCCAGGUGAGGUGUGCCACAAAUCCUACACCCAGUUCUCCAACCUGUGCCGCCACAAGCGAAUGCAUGCUGACUGUCGCACGCAGAUCAAGUGUAAGGACUGUGGACAGUUGUUCAGCACUACCUCCUCUCUCAACAAGCACCGGCGCUUUUGCGAGGGCAAGAAUCAUUACGGCUCUCCGGCAGGGAUUUUCAACCCUGGAAUUGCCAUGAGCUCUAGCCCCAUCAUGGCUAAAGCCAAGUCCCACCAUCCCCACCUGCCAGGCCUGAACCAGUCCGGUUUAGGCUUCACUGACUACUUUCCCUCAAGACCUCACCCUCACGCUGGCUUGCCCUUCUCCACAGGACCUCAUGGCUUCCCAUCCCUCCCGCAUGGGUUCCCAGGUAUCUUCCCCCCAACACUUUAUCCACGUCCACCUUUAUUACCUCCCAGCCCUCUAUUAAAGAGUCCACUAGCAGGCAGCAGUCAGGAGGUUAAGCUCCCUCGGAGCCCCUUAGAUGCCCCACCUUUGUCGCUUGUCAGCUCCACAAACAGCAAUGGUAUUAGCAGUUUGAGUCCAAUGGAAGACAAGGAAAAGGACAGCAAGCUUGAUUUGUCUUCUAAUGGAGAAACAAAGCCUAAAUCUAAAAUGACAGACAUGUCUGACGGGAGUGAUCUCGAAGAUAUUAACACCACGAGCGGAACAGAUUUGGACACCACCACUGGUACUGUUUCAGGGGACGGGUCUGACCUGGAGAGCGAAGGAGAGAGCGAACGUGAGGGAAGUGGUAAAAGGAGGAAGCCAUCUGGCACUGUGUCAAGUCAAGAUGGAAAUCAGCUAGAAGACUCAAGUAGUGCAGUGAUAUCCGCUGUGUCUAGUUCAGGGACACUUUCUAUAGAUCGCCCUUUUCAGUCUUCAGCUUCAUCCCAGCACUGCUUUUUCCCUCCGCCCGACGAACAAGCCCUGCCUCCUACAACCACAAACGUCAAUACAGCCACCACUGAUUCCAUUAAAGCAAUCGCUAACAUUGCUGAGAAAUAUUUUGGUCCAGCCUUGAUGGGACUUCAUCAGGAGAAAAAGAUGGGUCCGCUGCCCUACCAUUCCAUGUUCCCCUUCCAGUUUCUACCCAACUUCCACAACUCCCUUUAUCCUUUUAGCACUGAUCGAGGGACUCUCAAUCCUAGCAUUUUCCUGAAGGCAGAGCCCAAAUCACCUCGCGAACAGCUGCACAAGAUGGUUUCGAGUUCCCCUGCAGCCCCUGCUCCCACUGCAGAGUCACCGUUUGAUCUCACAACAAAACCCAAGGAGGCCAAGUUAAAAACUCCUCCAACCCCAACAAACCCAUCCAACCCCAGCGGUACUGGGAACAGCAGUGGUCCUGUAGCAAUAUCCAACAGCGAAGAGCAGCCGCUGGACCUCAGCAUUGGCAGCAGGAACCGUAGUGGUCAAAACGGCCUGCCAGCCGAGCCACAGAGUCGAAAGAAUCACAUCUAUGGAGCCGGCAAGGGGGUCUCCCAUAAAGAUGAAACCUCGAUGGGAUUUCUUCAUCCCCAUUCACAGUCAUUGCACCAGUCCUCCAUAACACAGCACCAGCAGCCGCAGGCACAGCCGCAUCAGCCACCGCCACUGCACUACGCUAAGCCUUCAGCAUUUUUCAUGGAUCCCAUCUACAGCAGGGUGGAAAAAAGGAAGCUACUGGACCCAGUUGGAGCUCUGAAGGAGAAGAUCCUCAGGCCCUCCCCGCCACUCUUCCAUCCACAGAUGUCGGCUAUGGAAAAUAUGACAGAAAAGCUGGAGAGCUAUGGUGCCCUAAAACUGGACAUGCCACCCAAUACGCUGCAACACCCCACCCAUCCACUGUUCAACUUCCGCUCACCACCACCUUCCCUCUCAGAUGCAAUCCUUCGAAAAGGCAAGGAACGCUACGCUUGCAGGUACUGUGGGAAAAUCUUCCCCCGCUCAGCAAACCUCACCAGACACUUGCGGACACACACAGGGGAACAGCCCUACAGGUGUAAAUACUGUGACCGCUCAUUUAGCAUCUCCUCCAACCUUCAACGUCACGUCCGCAAUAUCCAUAACAAGGAGAAACCCUUCAAAUGUCACCUGUGCAACCGCUGCUUUGGUCAGCAAACCAACCUCGACCGCCAUCUCAAGAAGCACGAGCACGAGAACAUUCCUGUCAGCCAGCAGUCCGGGAUUCUCUCCAACCUAGGAACCACCAUCUCCUCUCCAAACUCCGAACCAGACAAUCACGCACUUUUAGACGAGAAGGAGGACUCAUACUUCUCUGAAAUUCGCAACUUCAUUUCCAACAACGAGAUGAACCAGGCCUCCAGCUCCAUGGACAAAAGGUCAGAACAGCCCGAUGAGGAGCGCCCACCCAGCCACAGUUUGUCCAACUCUAAGCUAGGCCUGCAGGGCCUGGAGGAAGAGGAAGUGGAAGGGGACGACGAGGAGGAGGAAGAAGGCAGCCUGACAGAGAAGUCGCACGAUGAGGCACCGGAGUCCCCAUCACCGGUCACAACGGGAGUCUACGAGGAGGACGAGGAAGAGGAAGACACAGAGACGCCUCCAUUAGCGAUGAGCUAUGAACACACUCGCAGGUGUAUAGAGGAGGAGGGGUCUCUCUUGGAUCUGGAGAGUCUGCCCAGCUUCCCUAAGAGCCUGGACGGUUUACGUAAAGCAGCCAUUGAUGAGCAAUCCUUUGAUGUUAAAGACAUAUUUAACACUUCGCUAGAGUCUGAAGCAUUGAAAGAAACAUUGUACAGACAGGCUAAAACCCAGGCUUAUGCAAUGAUGCUGUCUCUCUCAGAGAACAACCCUUUGCACGCGCCCUCUCAGAACUCUUUGGACGCUUGGCUGAGCAUGGGAGGCGGACCGUCCGAGACGAGCAGCUUUCACCCACUCAACCAUAUCUAGGCAAAGAGAAGCCACGGAAAGGCAGAAGGAAAAGUAGGAGGAACAUUUAGUCUCACCAACAGGCAGAAAACAAGAGACUGACAGGACAGCCCGAAGACACGAGGGCAGUGAAGGAUUUCAUUGUCACACACAUUAAAGGCAGAGCGAACGAGUUUGCCUGGCUAUGCCUGCGCUCACAUGUUUGCGUGUUUGAUUGAGUACGACAGAGGAGGGAGUGUCCCUUCGCCAGGCGUCUUGCAAGACUGUGUCUGUGAGAAAGCACUGCUAAGCUCCUGUUGAUGUGAAGGACAUGAUGAAUGCUUCUCUGCAGCAUUGAAACUCUCCAUCACUCUGAUCAUCCCCCAGUGCACAAUGCUCCCUGCAGCAUCACAGUCACCCUGUAAAAGGCUCCCCUAAAAGACACUUACUGACUGAUAAUGUCUCUAAAGUCUGUGCACUAUGUUCAACACAAGCAUUACAGCACUGACACUGCAUUUCCACCAGGUGGCACUGUUGAAGCAGAAAUAAAGUGGACUUGUGAGUGAUUCUUUCCAGGUUUUCCUCCACCAGGCAUGGCGACUAAACUUAUUAUUAUUUUUUUUUUUUAUUUAAUUUCAGAAUCAACAAAAGCACCAGACAAAAUAAAUAAAUAUUCAGAACCAGUAGACUGUUGAUUUUUCACUGAUUACUUGUAUAAUGAUGUCCCAUAUUCAAAUGUGAUGAGGUAAUGAGCUAUGUGGGCCAAUAGCCAUGGAAAUUGGCUACUAAAUUUGUUAGUGCUGAAAAUGAAUUUAAAUUAUACUAAAAAGAGUGUUUUUUUUUCCUGUUUGUUUAUUGCAUCAUCAUAUACGUAUAUUUACUUUUUUCUUAUACAUACCACAGUAUUGCUUGUUUUAGGCUCCUGAGCACUCAAACGUUAAUUUAAUUAUUUUAGAGAAGGACCAAAUUUGUAUGACGCUGUCACAUGAUGUAAAAAUAACAAUAACCUAGAUGUUCAUAGCAAGAGCGGUAUGUGCCAAAUAACCCUUAGAGUUUUUUUUUCUUUUGACAAUCAUUUCAUUUCCAAGAGGCCUCACAUUUGUUGUCAUUAUUUUUUCUUUUCCCCAAGUUAUACUUAUAGGUGUAAAUUUAGAUAUGUGUGCAUGUAUUUAUUUUUAUGUUGUUUCGUUGAGACUCAAGAAGCAAAAAUGAAGAAAAAAAAAGUCUUUUCAUCCCUGUUUUUUUCUUGAAGAAGAAAGGAAGGAUCGGCUGUCAAAGCGCAGGGGAAGAUUCUGAAUCCUUGUUUUUGAUGGAUUAGUGUGCCAAAAUCAAAAGAUCCCACAAGUUCAUUUGUUGUUGUUGUUUAUUUAUAGUUAAAUUCAACUGUAGUUAGUUUUAGAGUCCUAUUUGGCAUUGAAACAUAGUGGCAGGUUUACCCUGGUUGUCUUUUUGUUGUUUCACUUUAACAAUUUCACUCAACACGUCUCAUUUAUGCACCUCUGUCUAAGGGCAUAUUUGUGCAAAUACAGUUUUGAAUGUCGUUAAAGGGCAUUACGUAAUCAUUACUGAAUCUGGAUUUCUGCCUCUGUUGGCACGCGUUACGUCCUGUUUGUAGUGUAACCAACCAGUUGUGAUCUUAAAACGAUUUGUCUCAGGUGAGUUGUCUGGCCUGAAAACCUCACAGCACCCAGUCAAAACGGCACGCAGGUUCAGUGAUUAUAUACGAGGAGAUUUGACUCAUGAUUGUUAAAAGAACAGAGUGAACAUCCUUAAGUUUGUUGGUCAGUCCAGUUAAACUCCCUCUUGAUUGCUCUCAAAAACCCAUUCUAAUAAAUCUACAAAGAUAGCUGUGUCAUAGACAGCAUGAAACAUUUACUCUAGGUACUCGUAGGUUGCUGGGAUUAGCCUUUUGGAUCGCCGUUCAUCCCUCUUAGACUUUCAUGAUCAGGCCUGAUACUGAUUUUUUUAAACUAGCACUUAAGGCGACUGGGACCAAGCCAUGAACUGAGCAGGGUUUGGUCUCUUGGUUGACUUCAGAUCCAUUUUUAAAGCUGAUUCGACGUUCAAUAGAUGGUCCAGCUGGGCUCAACCAGGAGAGGUAAGAGUAAAACUAAAGCACUGUAAUUUUGAUUCACAACAGCAGGUGGUCGUGUGAUGCUAGGACUGCUGCAUCAUCUCAUUUUCUUAAGACUAAAGUCUUUUUUAUAUAUAUAUGUACAUAUAUAUAAUUCUACUGAAUGAGAUUCCAUUCAUUGUAAACACAUUGUUUUUCAAUUUGUGCUUAGAAAACAUAAAGACUUGGGUCACUAAGGUUUUAGGUUGACUAUGUGUAGUUAUUCAUGUCAUGGACUACUGUAAUAAUCACGCGCUGUGUGAAGCAACUGAAUUAAAAGCGAUGAAGUAUUCCAUUUUGGCAACUUCACAAAGUGUUCUGGUCACUGAAAUAUUUUUUAUCAGCAUAAUAAAACAUGGUUGAUCUUUGCCCAACUGUUACAGAAGAAAGUUUAAAAAAAAUAUACACGGUUUCUUUUUAACUGUAUAGUAUUUUAAAGAAUGAAAAACAAUGGUGCAUUUGUCUGAAGAAGAAAAAAAAACCUUUGAAAAAUAUGGGUUUAAAUGGAUGGUGCUUGUUUUGAGUUGUAUAUCGCCUCCGUUAUGUUUAUUGAAAACAAAUGAAAAAAAAAAAAGUUAUGGUGCAUGACGUGUUUAGCAGUCAUAAUGAUGUCCAUUUGUGAAAUGUGUAUCAAUUCAAAAAGAUGAAAAAAAAAAAGGUAAAACAAAAAAAUUGUAGAUGCACUUAUUGUACAUGUGUUUAGGUUAGUAGGUUUGACUUCAAGUUCUGACUGCCUGGCAGAUGUGUGGGCAGGUUUUGAAAGACAUAGAAAAGACUGGUGGGAGAAGACCUAAUGAAAAACAAUAAAGGAUUGUAGAAUAAUAUUGAACAAUUCUGAAAUUGCAGUUCUUUUGAUGCUUGUGAUUAUUGCAGAUGUACUUUAGAGAAAUUUCAUUGAAAAGAUAUGACUCUGAUGUUAAUUCUGUAGAAUAGCAAUGUAUACCAAAUGUAAUCUUUCCAAUGCUAUGAAGAAUUUAUACAUGAAAUUGAUAUGCAAUAAAACCUGUGUGCUUUUUAAA